AUGUGGCUGUUUUGUCGUGUUGGUAGCUCUCGGCUUUCUUCAUUUCCUCGUCGUUUUACAGGUUCUCCUGUUGUUGUUUUACGUUCAGUGAUGGACAGAGCAUCCCUCUUCCAGAGCAUCGGUCUAAGUGAACAGAAAACCCAAGAAACGCUGAAGAAUGAGGCUCUUUCUACACGACUGGAAUCCAUCAUAAAUUUGGUAAGAACGUAAAAUCUUGUUCAUUUCUUUGAUUUUUGUACUCAACAGGUAAAUGCAAAAUUUAUCUCGAAUUUCUGUUGUAAUCGGAAGAAAUUUUGUGAAAAAAUUUGGCUUGGACUUUAUGCAACGCCGAUGUGCAUGUGGAAACAGAACAGAAACCUCCUGAGAUGAAGUGAAACGACUUUAAUUUAGAACUUUGAGCUGAUGCAAUAGUGUGCAAGGUUAAGGUUAAGCUUAUGUGUAGGCUCAAAGGUUUCUUCUUGAUUUUUGUUCGCAUCGUGGUUAAAAGGAAAACAGUGCUAGGAAGUAACGUUACAUUGGGAAUGAUUGCAGAAUACCCGGCCUAAAUUACAGAACAAAGGAUAUCCUUGUCUCGACUCAUUUCCAUCUCAUUAAGCCAAAAAACAGUACACAGACAUAAUUAUACACAGACAUAGUUUAUUUUACGACGAGCAGCACAGGACUCGCAAGUCGUUAAAACGCUCUCAAAGUGUUCUUUAAAUAUAGUUACCGGUGGUUUAGUAUUGGUCUGGUCUGGUCUCUCAGAAUUCAUUCUCUCCUUAUCAGACUAGUCGGAUGUGCUCCAGGGGUGUACAUGUACUAAUAAUAUUUGAAAAUUGUACCGGGUAUAAUAAUAUUAGAAUACUAUUUUUGGUGUCUUUGUUUGUUUACAAAAAUUUGUAUUAAUGUUUUCAUGAAAGGCAAAAGAAACUAGUCCUGGUGAUGUUGAAAAACCUACUGGGGUGCUUUUGUACUCUCUGGCUAGCGGAGGUGUAAAGGAAGAUUGGCAAGUCAAGUUUGUCGCGGAAUACAUUGCUAACAAAAAAUUGAAUUCAUCAAUACAGUUGACAGGUGUGUAGAACAUUUACUAUUGCACAAAGCUUCAAGCAGUUGCUAUUAACAUUUUUUUUCCUCAGAUGUGGAAGUAAGUUAACCCUUUAAGUCCGUAUGGUGACCAACAUCAAUUUUCUGCUAACAUUUUCCAUUGAUUAUGAAGAAAAAAGGUUAGGAGAAUUAGUAUGUGUAAUCAAAUGGUGACGAGUGAAAUUAGGGAAUAAUUUCACAUGUGUUUUGUCCAAGGACAAGGAUUUGGACAAAAUGCAAGUGAAGUUAUUCCCUAAUUUCAUGAGUAUACCAUUUUGAUUACCUAUUAAUAUCAUGGGUGAUGAAUUAUGUUAGCAAUCUUGGAUUUUUGACAUGUUUAUCCUGGAUCGAAUCGAUCGAGAACUCCACUCUCACGAAUGUUUAGAGCUUAAAUUUGGCUUAAGUUCAGAAUUUUUUGACAAAAUGCCUGUUAGAAUCCUCCUUGAUUUGCUCUUUCGUGUGUUCAGGUUUUCUAAAGCGUCUUUUUAUGCCCUGACAUCUUCAUUCAUGACGUACGGAAAAUUGUCAUGGCAAUUUUGUAAUUUCACAAAUUAUGGCUGAUAUUUUGCACCAAAAUUAAGGAUUAUUCGUCACCUAUGAUAUUAAUAGAGUAAUCACUAAGAAGGAAAUACUUUAAUCUUUGGUCAAACUCUCUAGUAAUCCCUCAAUGAAAAGGGGACCAGUAUGAAGAAUUUGCAUGUGUAUACUGGGGCUUAAAGGGUUAAUUAGCUGAUUCAUAUGGUACAGUAUGCAAAGUAUAAAGAGUGAAAUGAAUCUUUAUUACCGAACGAGGAUAGUGUGAAUGCAGGAUUUUAAUUUCAUUCUAUGGUAAUAUUACAGUUCCAUGUGUCAAUGUCUGCUUUGUACAUGUAUGUAGUAUAUGUAUGUAGCUCAUUUUUUGUGGGUGUUGGAGAAACUAUCAUUGGUUGGCUUAAUUGUGAUGUGUUGUCCGUAUUUUUCAGUGUCUUUUCAAUCUUUUGUCUUAAGUUUCAUCAUUGGUGAUCAUACUUGUCUGCAACACUAAAGGAAACAACCCUCUUGCUCCUUAUAUUGGCCAAAUGUGUCUCAAGGAAAUAAUAAUUACCUAAAAACUGUCAGGAGUUAACAGUUUACAAUGCAAAAGUACUGCCAAAGAGGUUUUAUUUGAAGAAUUAAACACCAUUGAAUUACAAGUAAAAGUCAAACUUUAGACAGACCAAUCAUUAACUGUUUAGAAUCAACCAUUAGAUUGUAAGAGCAAUCCGUUGGAGCAUUAAAACAUAUUGUUAGAGUGUUUGGACAAACUGGUAUAGCAUUUUGGCAAACUGUUAGAGUGUUAGUAAGAAAAGCCGGUAGCCAUCUGAUAAUUUUCUAACAGUUAAUGGAUUAUCGUUUGCUCUCCCAAAGAAGGUCACAAAUAAUAUACCUAUAACAUUAGACUCAAAUUCGUGCCCUGUGUAUUAUACAUUACAUCCAGUUUUGAUGGUAUGUUUUCUUUUUUUUCUCUUAGCUGCUGUGGAGUAUAUGAAGUCCCAUCCAGUUUUACCAGUUAAUGUGGCAGCUUUUGAGGACAGUUGUGGCAUUGGAGUUAAUAUUACACCAGACCAAAUUGAAGAUUGUGUAAGUACAUGCACACCCUUAACUUACAGCAUACAGAAGUGCUCCUUUAACCCGCCUAUAGGAAUGGGACCUUGCAGCCUUAAAGUUUAGGUUACACACAUCUAGUUUAUCUUGCAGAGUGUUACUAUCAGAAUCCCUAGCUUAAGAAAUUUUGCAUGUACAGUAUGUAUGUCGGAGCUCUUGGAGAAAUUGAAGUAAAAGGUAAAGUUGGUGACAAUUGAUUUGGUUGAAAGUCAGAUCCAGAUCACAGCCAUGUUGUGAAUGUAGCUGGUUCACCUUUGGCAACUUUUUGACAAUUUUUGUUGGUCACUAGAGUCUCUGAAGAACCCUAGAUGUACAUUCAUUUUUCUAGUAAGAUAUUUUUCAAAACCAUAUACAUGCAGGUUGAACAAAUUUACUUUAAAUUUUGUAUGAUUAUACAACAACAAUAACAACAACAAGACUUUAUUCAGACAGGGUGAAAACCAGAAUUACACAAAGUAAUUUUCAUCUGGGCCCUGCAUUAAUCUUAUAGUGAUUAAAAUUUUAUAAUUUUAUUUGCAGGUUGAAGAACUGAUAAAAAAGCACAAAGAUGAGCUGUUGAAGAAGCGGUACAAGUUUAAUGUUGGAAUGAUAAUGGGUGAGUAAAAAGGAAGUUAUUUCAAGGAAUUAUCCAUUUUUGUGUAUGAUACACGUAGUCAGGAGGGAAUAUUCUGGCCAGUUGGCUCUGAUUCUCGGAACCUUUCAAAAGAUAUAUUAUAAUUAUUAGUAAAAUCCGACUAGUGGUCUAUUAUCAGUGCUGCGUUCUGCUUGGUUGAGCUACUACUAGGCUAUGCGUUAUAGCCCACUUGUAGCGAAACACGCUGGCUUUGAAAACCAAAACAAUAUGGCGGCUGAAUAACGUUUUGCUGGCUAAAGUUGUUUUGUCUCGAUAUUUUUGACCAACUGCACUGUAGUUGGAUUUUACUAAAGCAAUACUAUUCGUCUCUCCCUUAUGGCCUCUGAGUCAAUAGCCCAUUUGGCCUUUGGCCUCAUGGGCUAUUGACUCGGAGCCCAUUCGGGCUCAAGGAAUAACUGUUAAAUAUUAAUGACAUUAUUAUAAUAGAGUGCAGGUGACAAUGAUCAAAGCUCAAAAUGCUUGUGCCACAAUUUAGCCUGUGCUGCAGAUGAAACUAAACUCUGGUUAAGUCCAUCUGUGAACCAGUAGCGAAAUCCUUGAAUGGGUCCCCACCCACCUGUAUAACAGGAUUUGAGUACGUGCCAUGAGUGGCCUGUGAAAAAAUAAUGUCAUUAUUGAUUUGCCAAUCAAGAUGAAAGGAAAUUCGAAAUGUUCUUCCUGUAAUUCAUCAAGUUCAUUGGGAGCCCAGAACAAGGACAAAGGUGCUGCAUUGCAGACGUCACUAACCCAGGUUAAUUAUACCUGCCAUGCAGGCUAGCUACGAUGCAGUGGUGCACUUUGCUUAAUUUGUCAUGUGAUAGAUGGCCAAACACACAUGAUCAGAUUACGAGUGAUAGAAGGUCCAAAUUAGCAUGAUCAGAUUGCUUCUGUGCAUUCCAUUCAUUCUUAGUAGAGGUCCAAACAAUGCCGGCCACAUACAGCAAGUGCUGUUCAUGCAUAUUAGCAACCUGGAGAUUGGGAUUGGGGGCUCCUCUUGACGCCUGCAAUAAAAUGAUACAUAUUGAAUUAUUUUUUUGGUGACUAUAAAGGUAUAUAUUUUAAACAAAGUUUAGGAAGUCUUUUUUCUUCCAGCAAUGGUGCAGCUUUUGAUAUAAUAAAUUCCAAUACAUGCCAAAAUGACACUAAUAUUCAAGGGGGCUGCUAUAACUAUUAUUUUUUAUUAGUUACAAGGAGGGAAGAGAAUUUUAUGGGUGACCCAUAGGUUGUCGUUUAAUUUUAUCAUACAUCUUUGGUUUGAAUUUCAUUUUCUUUUGUUUAAAAAAUAAAAAAUGGAUUGAAACUAAGUAGUCAUUAAAAAAAUUGCAGAUCAAGUCUCUAUUCUCUUUUUUUAUUUUAGGCAAAGCCAGGGAGAAAUUAAAAUGGGCAGAUGGAAAAGCCAUCAAAUCAGAAAUUGACAUGCAGGUAAAGUUAUGUUCAGCUGUACCAUUUGAACUGUUAUAGAAUAGUGCAUGUACCAAUUUUUUUUAUACCUGCAAUAACUACUUAAAUUUCUUGUCAUUGUAAAUUAAAUAGACUGCUCCAAAUACAUGUAUAAAAUUUUUGCAUAUUGAUUUAUUUUUGGUUUAAGGCCUUCUGCUAAAUUUAUGAAUGAAUUUUUAAAAUUUUUGUUUGCAGAUUUUAGAUUUGUUGGGACCAAAAACUGAAGAAGACAUGCAAAAGACAAACACCAAAGUAUGAGUACAGUACUACUUAAGUAUUUGUCAUUCCUUUCUGUAGCAGCGUGCAAAGAAAGUCGUGUCCAGUAGCCUGGGGCUAGUGGAUUUUGCUAUCAGGCUAGUGAUUUUUGUUCUUAACUUGCCCGACGGGCAAGUAAUGUCUCUUGGGGAAAUUCAAAUUACAGAAGGAUUGUAAUCAAUCCUGCUAAUCAAAAAGGAUUUUGGGGCUAGUCGAAAUGACUUCCGGGCUAGUACAUGCUAGCUACAGCUUUCCCGAAUGGCAGGCUGUAAAACUGACUUUCUUUGCACCCUGUGUAGACAUUCAUGAUUUAUUAUUUUUCACAGGAUGAGUCCCAGGACUCACCUUAACUAUUUGUAGCAAAACCACUGAACUUUAUUCUGAUGUAUUAUUUAUGUUAUUCUGAUAUCAAAAGGAACCCAAAAACAAUAAAGAAGGGAAGAAGACAAAGGAAUCUUCUUCAGUCUCUGCAGAAUUGCAAGGUAUUGCAUUUCUUGGUACUAAAUAAGAAAUAAUUAAGCAAAGUACAUUUGAUUCAGGGCUGUCCCUAAGAUUUCAAGUUAUAGGGUAUAGUCAUUGUAGGUGGGUAAUUGAAUAGCUUGAGGAAAAAUUCUUUUGAUUUUAUUUUCCUUUUGUUUGCUAUGAAAGUAGCUGGGGUCAAAAAGUAGAAAAAUAAAGCAACCACAUUUUAUGUCGAUAACUCCAUCAAUGCUCUGUUUUAAGGGUAUUUAAAGCUAGUCAAAGUUACACAGAAACUUGGAGAGAAGUGGAAACAAGUAUAUGAUGUCACUGGGGAUCAAACUUGAGACUUUGAGCACCGAAGGCCACGCACUAACCAACUGUGCCAUCCUUGCUCCUGGUCUUGUUCGUAGCAGUAGCCAUAGUAAACAGGGAUUGGAACAGUUUGGGGAAGUUUUAUUUUUCGUUUGUUUGCUAUGAAAGUACAGUGUAGCCCAGGGUCUUGCUCACUGAAAAUCAAUCAAAUCCCCAGACCCUGGUCCUUGGUGACAGCUCUGUAAUUAAACUUUUAUAACCCUGAGAAAAGAGGCUUCUCUUUUGUGAUAGUUAUGUACACUGUACAGUACUGUACUAGUGUGUGAACAGUAGCCUCUCCUCGUUGUUUGCUGCUGACAAUUUUCUUGCUCAUAAGUUUGUGAACCAAACUGAAAAUAACUGCAGUUUCCUAACUGGCUGUAGACCAGUUUGUUUUGCAGCUUGUUGUGGAGUCUUAUGUUACCUGGUGUGGGCAUCUUGUAAUGGCUGUGUCCUGUUCAAUUUGUUUUGGUUAACAGCAAAAAGAUGUUGAAUUAAUAGCAGCUUCUUGAAAUAGUUCUGAGCUUAUGGUUUCAUUGAAACGUUUGUUUCUGCUAGUAAAUGGAGAAGCCGAGGAUGAAGAUACAAACUCUCUUUUUGGAGAGGCAAGCAAGUUUCACAAACCAGGUAAUGACUGUUACAUAACUCCUCAAGUCAUUUUUCCGACAUCCUUUUUAAAGGUCUAGUCCUCUUUUUACCAGGACGUGUUGUUGACAAAGAUAAUUAAAUGUGCUUAGGCUGUAUUCACACUUUACCAGAUGGCUUUUGCAGUGCCGACAUGAAAAGCUAUGUACAAUCCUGGACAAAAGUCCUUGGAACAGUACUGAAGUAUUCAUAUUUCUCUGUCAUUUCUCGGUUCCCUCUUUAAACAGUGCAUUCUUUUCGAAAUUUUUUCUUGCAGUUCUCCCUCCCCCCACCCUAUACAAAGUGGAAACUCUGAAAAAAAAUUCUGGAUACACGCAUCCAACAUUGUUUGUGGGGUGAGGGUAGGGGUCGGACCUGUGUGAAUCGGAAAACGCCCCAGAAACGCAAAAGUGUCACAAGACUUUUGUCCAUGAUUGUAGAUCCAGUAUCGUGUGAACACCCAUCCAAUAUGUGACCCUUCACUUAAGAGAUUGGUGUAGUGUAGCUAAGCUCCAUUACAGAAAUAUGCGCUCUCAUGUGAGAAGCCCCAACUGGUAUGGUUUUUGUGCUGGCACAAAAGCUAUCUGGCAUAGUGCGAACAAAGCCUUAAUCAUACAUUUCUAAGAUGAAUCAGUGAAUAUCAUUUAUUCCACCUUUUUGCUGCUGCAUGUAUACUGAAUAAUGCUUUGAUGAGGCUAGAAUAUUAUAAAACUAAGAAUAUCUAAAAGUGAAAAAAAAAAAAAACAUGGUCCUCAGGUCUCUUAGUUCUCCUUAAACCAGUCAAUCUAUUAAUUAAUGCAAUGUAUUAAUUAUAAUACUAUUACUGAUAAGUUGUUGUAGUUGUUAUUAACAACAGUUCAUGAAUACAAUAAUAUUGCAAAGUCACGGAGAUCAUCUGAAAGUAAAGAAAUUCCUCAGUUUUCUGUUAUGCUUGUUCUGUCGAUUAUAUGUAUGCAGUCAGUUUUCGAGUUAUAGGGGAUAAUUCUUUGUUUAGUUUCGGGCUGCAACAAGAAUGACAUGUUGGGUGUCAUUCACACCCCUACCUGGUUAGCUCAGUUGGGAGAGCACUGGUCUGCUGAGCGGGGCUGGGAGGUAGCAGGUUCAAACCCUAGCCGGACCAACACUCAGGAUCGUUAAAUAACUGAGAAGAAAAUGCUGCCUUUGUAAUGACAUCUUCAAACAGUUAGACUUUCUAAUCUUCUUGGAUGAACAUGCAAAUCCAUAGUUCCCAUCUCCCAGCUCAUUCACUUUACUGGUUUUUGUGGGACAUAAAAGAACCCACACCACUGUUUAAAGAGUAGAGGGAACGUUCUUAGUGGCUACUUAUUAGCCAUGUCGAAUGAAAAUCAAGGUAAACUUGCCUCUUAUUACUUAUAACGAUGGUCCUUCUUGUGUUUGUUCACACAGGUGAAAACUACAAGACUCCUGGUUUUGUCGUCACCCCAAAGACUAUGCAAUUAAUGAAGGAACAUUUGGAAAGAACAGGGGGAAGGGUAGGUUGGCUUAAGUAUAAUUAUGUAGUCGACAGUGUCAUUCACUUGUUAGUGUCCUCGUUCAUUCCCAUUAAUUUGCCAUAACAUACAUCAUUACAAUAAAGUUGAAUUAUAAAGAAAGUUAAAGGAAGCAGAUGGUGAGGAAACCUUCCUCAGAACUAAAAAACGCGAUGAUAAUGUGGACCAGCAAAAGUAGUACAAUGUACAAGCUUUUACAAAAAUAAAAGUAACUAAAGCUGAAAGCAAUAUUAAGUUAAUACCUAUUGAGAAGAAAUUCUUUAAGCUUUGUUUAAAAAGUUGCACAGGAGGAAGAUUUAGUUAUCUUAGCAUUCAGAGAGUUAUAAAACUUUGGACCUUGAAAGUAAACAGAAAACUGCCUGGUAUUGUUUCUGCAUAGUGGGGACGAAAAGAUUGUGCACUCCUCGUAUUAUAAUUAUUUAUUUGGUCGUUCAUUGAAAAAAAAGUUAUUGAAUUUUGAUGGGAGUGUAGUCAAGAAUAUCAAUAUCUAUAAUAUUAUUAUUAGCUCAGUGGUAGAACAUCUGGUCUGGUAACCAGCAGGUCAUAGGUUUCACCCCUGUUGAGAGUACUCAGGGUUUUCACUAAGAAUUCUAGUAGCAGGUGAAAGAUAUAACUUUACAGGAGAAUAUUGUGAAAGAGGCUCCAUGGCUGAAUAGAAAAUAGUCAUAGGCUAUCACACAUUAGCUGGAGAAUUUUGUGAAGUAACAGAGAAUUCUCCAAUCUCCAACACUUAAUGAACACCCUGAGUACAAAGAGUUUUUCUUCCAAGCUGCCUGUAUCCCUAGCUGAAAAAAACAUUUUUCUUAUGUACAGUGUAUUGACCAGGGCUGGGUUGUUCAAAGCAGGGUUUGUGCAGAAUUUCAAGUCAGAUAUGAAAGCUUAAAAAGCAAGUUCAGUUUUAUUGUUUUUCUCUACAAUUUUGAUGAUUUGAUGCUCUAAAAUGGAGAAAAUUUUCCGGAAAAAUGCUUUUGAACAAAAGAAAAUGAAACCUGGGUUAAAAUUUAAAAGUUGAAUUACUGUCACAAGUUAUUGAUGUCAAAUAUGGUUGCUUAACCUGUGGUUGCUUCUGGGAUCAUAAACACGUUAUAUUCAGUUUCGUGCGAAUAAGUGUUGACUGUAUUUUUAAUAUUAUUUUACGUAACACAUGUAUUCUAAAAUAAAUAAUAUAGGUCCAGACAAGAUUUCCUCCUGAACCUAAUGGCAUUCUUCACAUUGGCCAUGCAAAGGCCAUCAACUUCAACUUUGGCUAUGCAAGGGUAAGACAAUUAUUGAUCAGUUGAAUUCAUGAAUCCUUCUUGUAUCAUUGAUCCAGUUUGCAUUUUCUCUUUGACCUUUUCCUCCAUUUUAUUAUUCUCUCAUUUAUAGUCUUCCUCAUUUUUCAUUCUACCAUUCUCCAAUUUUUCCAUUCUGCCAAUCUGCUUCCCACUCUUUCUUCACAUUAAUUUUUAGUACUCUCCCACAUUUUCUUCCAACCCUCCAAAAUUUUCUGAUUGAAUUCGAAUUAACUUGUUAGCAUCUGCUAAAAUUCUGGUAAAAUUUACUUGUAAACACCUCUGGUAAAAUUCGUUUUUUGAUUGCUUUGUAGGCUCACAAUGGUGUGUGUUACUUGAGAUACGACGACACCAAUCCAGAAAAAGAGGAGGAAAAGUUUUUCACAGGAAUCCUUGACAUGGUUAAAUGGCUAGGUAAAUAGCAUAAAAGCAGCAGCAUAUUAUUUACAACAAUAAUUAUUUAUUUCCCUAACUCUUUGUGUUUUCAAAUAAUGAUUUUGUAAGUCAUACAUGCAGGCUUUUAGCCGGACAUUGAAAACUGGCUUACCAGAAGGCUUGUUUUCCCAUAAAAUUAUAAGAGAUAAAGUGAAUUUUCCUUGUAUUUCUUUCAAAAAUGGGCCUCCAAAGGACAGCUGGACACCCUUCUGGCUAAAACUUUGCUCACAUGUUUUAGUGACGGUUGUUACAGUGAAACCUUGGUAUAAUGAAAGACUAAGGGAUUGGCAAGCUAUGUUCACUAUAACAAGGUUCUUUUCCUCAUAUUUUACUAUUACAGGAGAAAAAUAAUUAUUGUUAAUUAUUAAUACGGAGAAUAUUGUUAAAGUUACAAUUUAGUUUUGUUGUAUCGAGAUUCCACUUUGGCAUGGAAUGUAAUUCUGUUAGGUGAAACUGCUCAAUUGUCCUGUUCUUAGACAUUGUCUUAUCAUGACUUGUUUCUUCUCUGUCAGGUUUUGAGCCUUGGAAAAUUACCCAUGCUUCUGAUAAUUUUGGAAAGUUGUAUGAUUUUGCUGUUGAACUGAUCAAAAGGUAUUAUAUGUGCAUGUACUACAUGUAUGUUAGUACUAAGAAUUAUUUGAAUAUACUAGUACUUGCAAGAUCUAAAAUGAUGCAUUUGUAAAUUUAUUUAGUGUUUUAUGUUUAUUGUUCUGAUUAGGGCCAUUUUGGCUUAGCAGACAAAGUAAAAAUAUUGUCUUUGAAAUAAUCAUCAAAACCCAAAAUUGUUUGGUGGUAAUUUUUGUUUUGAAAGAAUUUAUCUGCUCUGUAAACUACAUUAUAUAUUCUCAAGAGGCUGUUAUAUCUGACAUAAACUUGCAUUUGUUAAUGGCAAGAAUAAUGGUUUUACAACAAAUGAUUGACAACAAAAACACAUUUCCAUUUAUAUUAAGUCAAUUUUUCCAGUAUUUACUUGGGCAAAUUUUGUUUGCCGUGCCUUUGAGGAUUGUCUUAUCUCAAACAAAAUUUGUAAAAAAGGUGACAAACCAUCUGCACUUGUUAAACGUUGAUGAUGACAGAACAUUUGUCUAAAUGAACAGCUUUUUUGCUAGUGCAGAUGGGCCCUUAGUAAUAUUAGCCUUCAUUCAAAGAGAAGAAAAUAAUUUUAUGCUUUGUGUUCUGGUGCAGGGGAGAUGCUUAUGUCUGCCACCAAGAAUAUGAAGAAAUAAAAGGCUAUAACCCUCCUCCAAGUCCUUGGCGGGACCGGCCUAUUGAGGAGUCCCUUAGACUUUUUGAGGUGGGUCAGUAAAUUUUUCGUUUAUUGUAACUGUUGAAAUUUUUUUUUGCUCCAUAUGAUUAACAUGUGAAGAAUUGUUUUACACUUUGUUUCAGGACAUGAGGAAAGGAAAAAUUGAUGAAGGCAAGGUAGGGAAAGCUACCAUUACUAGUAGUAAUCAUAGAUUGAUAAACUGCAUGUGUUUGAUCAUAAUGGUUGUGAAGCAACAGAGACCUAAAAGGUUGUAUGAUAUGGUUUUGACAGGUCACCCUAGUCAACCUAGACAACAUAGUAAUGCUAGUCACCCAUGUGUAGGAGGUGCAAGUGUAAUAACUGAAAGGUCCCAUCUGUAAUACCAUUUGGACCCAAGCAUAAUAAAGGUUCUAUCUCUAAUAACAGUUAGAACCAAGUGUAAUAAAGGUCUCAUCUGUUAUCCCUUUGGUCCCAGCAAAGAUAACAUGAAGCUUAUCCACAAUAGCCUUUAUUAAAAACCUUAACUUACAUGUCUGACAUCAUGACCAUGCUACUUGAAAUGGAAAAAAAAAACAACAAAUCUUGGGAGACUAGGGUGACUUGGGUGACUUUGGUGACUAGGGUGACUAAGGCGACUAGGGUGACUUAGGUGACUAGAGUGACUAGGGUGACAAGGGUGACAUGGGUGACAUGGGUGACAUGGGUGACUUGGGUGACUAGGGUGACUAAAGUGACUAGGGUGACUUGGGUGACUUGGGUGACAAAGGUGACUAGGAUGACUUGGGUGACUAGGGUGACUAAGGUGACUUUAGCGACUAGGGUGACUAGGGAUGACUGGGUUGACUGAGAAUGACUAAGAAUGACUGGAAUGACUAGGGAUGACUAGGGAUACCUAGGAAUGACUAGGGAUGACUGGGAAGACUAGCCAUGACUAGGGAUGAAUGAGAUGACUAGGGAUGACGGAGAUGACUAGCGAUGUCUGGGACAACUAGGGAUGACUAGGAGGACUGGGAUGACCAGGGAUGACUGGGAUCAGUAGGUAUGACUCCGACGACUAGGAAAUUCUAGGAAUGACUGAGAUGAUUGUGAUGACUAGGGAUGACUGGGAUGACUAGGGAUGACUAGGGAUGUCUGGGAUGAGUAGGGAUGACUAGGAUGACUAGGGAUGACUAGGGAUGACUAGGGAUCACUAGGGAUGACAAGGGAUGACUAGGGAUGUCUGGGAUGAGUAGGGAUGACUAGGAUGACUAGGGAUGACUGGGAUGACUAGGGAUGACUAGGGAUGACUAGGGAUGACUGGGAUGACUAGGGAUGACUAGGGAUGACCAGGGAUGACUAGAGAUGACUGUGAUGACUAGGGAUGACUAGGGAUGACCGGGAUGAGUAGGGAUCACUAGGAAUGACGGGGAUGACUAGAGAUGAAUAGGGAUGACUAGGGAUGACUGGGAUGACUUGGGAUGACUGGGAUGACUAGGGAUGACUAGCGAUGACUGGGAUGACAAGGGAUGAGUAGGGAUUACUCGGGAUGACUCGGGAUGACUCGGGAUGACUAGAGAUGACUAGGGAUGACUGGGAUGACUAAUAAUGACUAGGGAUGACUGGGAUGACUAGGGAUCAUAAGGGAUGACUGUGGAUGACUAGGGAUGACUAAGGAUGACUAGGAUGACUAGGGAUCACUAGUGAUGACUAGGGAUUACUGUGAUGACUAGGGAUGACUAGGGAUUACCAAUGAUGACUGGGGAUGAAUGGGAUGACUAGGGAUGACUAGGGAUGACUAGGGAUGACUGGGAUGACUAGGGAUGACUAGGGAUGACUAGGGAUUACUAGGGAUGACUAGGGAUGACUAGGGAUGACUAGGGAUGACUAGGGAUGACUAGGGAUGAAUGGGAUGACUAGGGAUGACUAGGGAUGACUGGGAUGACUAGAGAUGAUUAGGGAUGACUGGGAUGACUAGGGAUGACUGGGAUGACAAGGGAUGACUAGGGAUGACUGGUAUGACUAGAGAUGACUAGGAAUGACUAGGGAUGACUUGGAUGACUAGGGAUUACUAAGAUGACUAGGGAUGACUAGGGAUGACAAGGGAUGACUAGGGAUGACUAGGGAUGACUGGGAUGACUAGGGAUGACUAGGGAUCAUAAGGGAUGACUAGGGAUGACUAGUGAUGACUGGGAUGACUAGGGAUGACUAGGGAUGAAUGGGAUGACUAGGGAUGACUAGGGAUGACUAGGGAUGACUAGGGAUGACUAGGGAUGACUAGGAUGACUAGGGAUGACUAGGAUGACUAGGGAUGACUAGGGAUGACUAGGGAUGACUGGGAUGACUAGGGAUGACUAGGGAUGACUGGGAUGACUAGAGAUGAUUAGGGAUGACUGGGAUGACUAGGGAUGACUAGGGAUGACUAGGGAUGACUGGGAUGACUAGGGAUGACUAGGGAUGACUAGGGAUGACUUGGAUGACUAGGGAUGACUAGGGAUUACUGGGAUGACUAGGGAUGACUAGGGAUGACAAGGGAUGACUAGGGAUGACUAGGGAUGACUGGGAUGACUAGGGAUGACUAGGGAUGACUGUAAGGGAUGACUAGGGAUGACUAGGGAUGACUGGGAUGACUAGGGAUGACUAGGGAUGAAUGGGAUGACUAGGGAUGACUCUGGAUGACUAGAGAUGAUUAGGGAUGACUGGGAUGACUAGGGAUGACCGGGAUGACAAGGGAUGACUAGGGAUCACUGGUAUGACUAGAGAUGACUAGGGAUGACUAGGGAUGACUGGGAUGACUAGGGAUGACUAGGGAUUACUGGGAUGACUAGGGAUGACUAGGGAUGACUAGGGAUGACUAGGGAUGACUAGGGAUGACUGGGAUGACUAGGGAUGACUAGGGAUCACUGGGAUGACUAGGGAUGACUAGGGAUGACUGGGAUGACUAGGGAUGACUAGGGAUGACUAGGGAUGACUAGGGAUGACUGGGAUGACUAGGGAUGACUAGGGAUGACUGGGAUGACUAGGGAUGACUAGGGAUUACUGGGGUUACUAGGGAUGACUGGGAUUGAGUGGUAUGACUACGGAAGAGUAGGGAUGACUAGGGAUGACUAGGGAUAACUGGGAUGACUAGGGAUGACUAGGGAUGACUGGGAUGACUAGGGAUGACUGGGAUGACUAGGGAUGACUAGGGAUGACUGGGAUGACUAGGGAUGACUAGGGAUGACUAGGGAUGACUAGGGAUGACUAGGGAUGACUGGGAUGACUAGGGAUGACUAGGGAUGACUGGGAUGACUAGGGAUGACUAGGGAUGACUGGGAUGACUAGGGAUGACUAGGGAUGACUAGGGAUGACUAGGGAUGACUGGGAUGACUAGGGAUGACUAGGGAUGACUGGGAUGACUGGGGAUGACUAGGGAUGACUAGGGAUGACUAGGGAUGACUGGGAUGACUAGGGAUGACCGGGAUAACUAGGGAUGACCCGGGAUGACUCGGGAUGACUCGGGAUGACUAGAGAUGACUAGGGAUGACUGGGAUGACUGGGAUGACUAAGGAUCAUAAGGGAUGACUGCGGAUGACUAGGGAUGACUAGGGAUGAAUGUCAUCCCAGUCAUAGGGAUGAAUAGGGAUGACUAGGGAUGACUGAGAUGACUAGGGAUGACUAGGAAUUAAUGUCAUCCCAGUCAUAGGGAUGACUAAUGAUGACUAGCGAGGAUUAGGGAUGAUUCGGAUGACUAGGGAUGACUGGGAUGACUAUGGGUGACUAGGGAUGACUAGGGAUGACUGGGAUGACUAGGGAUGACUGGGAUGACCAGGGAUGACUAGGGAUGACUAGGGAUGACUAGGGAUGAAUUGGAUGACUAGGGAUGACUAGGGAUGACUGGGAUGACUAAAGAUGAUUAGGUAUGACUAGGGAUGACUUGGAUGACUAGGGAUUACUGGGAUGACUAGGGAUGACUAGGGAUGACUAGGGAUGACUGGGAUGACUAGGGAUGCCUAGGGAUGACUGGGAUGAUUGGGGAUGACUAGGGAUGACUAGGGAUGACUGGGAUGACUGGGGAUGACUAGGGAUGACUGGGAUGACUAGGGAUGACUAGGGAUGACUGGGGAUGACUGGGAUGACUAGGGAUGACUAGGGAUGACUGGGAUGACUAGGGAUGACUAGGGAUGACUGGGAUGACUAGGGAUGACUGGGAUGACUAGGGAUCAUAAGGGAUGAGUAGGGACGACUGGGAUGACUAGGGAUGACUAGAAAUGACUGAGAUGACUAGGGAUGACUAGGUAUGAGUAGGGAUGACUGGGAUGACUAGGGAUGACAAGGGAUGACUCGGGAUGACUCUGGAUGACUCGGGAUGACUAGGGAUGACUAGGAAUGACUGGGAUGACUAGGAAUGACUAGUUAUGAUUAGGGAUGACUGGGAUGACUAGGGAUGACUAGGGAUCACUGGGAUGACUAGGGAUGAGUAGGGAUGACUAGGGAUUACUUGGAUGACUAGGGAUAACUAGGGUUGACUAGGGAUGACAAGUUUGACUAGGGGAGUCUAGGGAUGACAGGCAUGAUUAGGGAUGACUAGGGAUGACUGGGAUGACUAGGGAUGACUAGCUAUGACUAGGAAUGACCGGGAUGACUAUGGACGACUAGGGAUGACUGGGAUGACUAGGGAUGACUAGAGAUGACUUGGGAUGACUAUUGAUGACUUGGGAUGACUAGGGAUGACUGGGAUGACUAAAAAUGACUAGGGAUGACUAAGGUUGACUGGGAUGACUAGGGAUGAUAAUGGAUGACUGGGGAUGACUGGGAUGACUAGGGAUGACUGGGAGAACUAGGGAUGACUAGGGAUGCUUUUGUGUGACUAGGGAUGACUAGGGAUGACUAGGGAUGACUAGGGAUCACUGGGAUGACUAGGGAUGAGUAGGGAUGACUAGGGAUGACUUGGAUGACUAGGGAUAACUAUGGAUGACUAGGGAUGACAGGUUUGACUUGGGAUGACUAGGGACGACUGGGAUGACUAGGGAUGACUAGAGAUGACUGGGAUGACUAGGGAUGACUAGGUAUGAGUAGGGAUGACUGGGAUGACUAGGGAUGACUAGGGAUAACUCGGGAUGACUCUGGAUGACUCUGGAUGACUGAGGAUGACUAGGGAUGACUAGAGAUGACUGGGAUGACUAGGAAUGACUAGUUAUGAUUAGGGAUAGACUGCAAAACAGUCGGUUUUUUUCUCAAAAUCAGUAAAGAAAUCGGUGGCGUGGGCGUAAGAGUCUUCUGCGCAAGCCUUGCAGCCUCCUGCGCCCGUGGGGCGGUGAGAAGCAGAAAAAAACCGACUGUCCGUUUUCCAUACAAUGAGUUCGUUCCGACCAGGGGUUCAAAAAUGUCGUCGAGCUGUCAAAAAUCUGUUCGCAACUCCGCCCCUCUUUGUGAAUUUGAUAGACUCGCGUGUUAUUAUUGACGCUGUAAUCCAGUAAUUCCAAAGCAGUUUUUAGCGUUGGUUCCCUGUGAAAUGUAGUGUAUAUAGUGAAAUGUAGUAUAUAUAGUGGAGGAUCAAAAAUGAGUGAAAGUGGCAGUACGACAACAAAGCCUGUGCCUGCUCCUCAAGAGGAGAAAGCCCGAAAAGAGCCGAGGGCUUUGGACAAAUUGUAGAAUGUGCGGCUGUUGUUUCAAAACACAGUUCGGCAAUUUUACGAAUGGAUGGAUAAGCUCGGGAAAAUGCGUUUGUUGCGCCUACCAGAAAAAGGAAACGUUACCAAAGUGGGCCGACCUACUGAAAAACGAACUUUUCGUUGUCCCCGAGGAAGGAGAAUCUUUCUCCACAAGAGCAGUUUGCUCUCCGUAUGAACAACGGUUAGAAAUUGCCCCGAAAUGUGCGGCGAUGCUUUCGCAAAUUAGAGAAGAACUGAACACGCCAACUGACAAUGAACAAUUAUUGCGAUUGAAGAGAAUGAGUAAAUCCCUCAUUCCAAACCACGUUUUGGUGAUUUAGCUCUGUAAAUUACUAUCUGUGAAAAUUAAAAUCCUGCCAAAAACGCUAACGAGCUGGGCCCAGCGUGACAAAAUAUUGCAGGAAAAAGUCACAUUCACGGACACAAAGAAAAUCGCUUAAAAUUAUUCAAAUCCAGGAGGCACUUUGGAGAAAUAAAACAACCUAAAACCCUUAAUCAGCCGCAAUGAAGAGCUUUACAUUUCUAAAGGGGCCAAGAAAGAAAAUGCUCUUGCGUCAGAGGGCAAAUCAUGCCUACCAGAGAAAAUCAAUAUGCGUGUCACGACCUCUCAGUUUGAAAUAUAUUUAAAGCGGCCAAAAUUCACAUUUGCUCAGUCAAAACGUUUUCCUCCAAAGCAUAAUCUACUCGACAGAGAAAACAACUCAUUGGAACAAGCGGCAUGUUUGCAUGAGGUAAAAGUCGUGUGUUUCCUACCGAUCGCUUUUUUAGCCAGGCGAGAUAACAAUGACGGUCAGCCGUGGCACGGAACUUGAAGAACUCUUUGCAUGAACAAACAUCCGAUAAAUAAGGCUUUUGUCAAAUCCUGUUGGUAGAACACAGAAAACAUCCUUUCCCCUGAGUAGGAACUCCAAAGCUUCCCUCUGCUCCGAUUUUAAAACAAAUCCCAAUUCUUGCGAGCAAAUCCAGGCGAUCAACAUCUGUCAUUUUGCAGCGAAAGCUUUAGCAAUUCAUCUCUGUAUGGAACAACGUGAAUGACAUGUUGAAAACAUUACUUGACAGCUUGCAUCGAAAUUUAGCCAAUGGGAAUUGCCCGUGGCUGGGAGAAGCGGGUAAUUCGAACGAAUAUAACGUAUGCAAAACGGACAGUCCGUAUUUUUAGCGUCUCUCCCCAGUCUCGCUCUCUGUUUUCAGCCUCAUUGCAGACCUUUUGUUUGACUGCUCGCGCGUAUUUGAAUACGCAAAAAUACGGACUGUUUUGCAGUCUAGAUUAGGGAUGACUGGGAUGACUAAGGAUCAUAAGGGAUGACUGUGGAUGACUAGGGAUGACUAGGGAUGAAUGUCAUUCCAGUCAUAGGGAUGACUAGGGAUGACUGAGAUGACUAGGGAUGACUAGGAAUUAAUGUCAUCCCAGUCAUAGGGAUGACUAGGGAUGACUAGGGAUGACUAGGGAUGACUGGGAUGACUAGGGAUGACUGGGAUGACAAGGGAUGACUUGGAUGACUAGGGAUGACUAGGGAUGACUAGGGAUGAAUGGGAUGACAAGGGAUGACUGGGAUGACUGGAGAUGACUACGGAUUACUGGGAUGAGUAGGGAUGACUAGGGAUGACUAGGGAUGACUAGGGAUGACUGGGAUGACUAGGGAUGCCUAGGGAUGACUGGGGAUGACUGGGGAUGACUGGGAUGACUGGGAUGACUGGGGAUGACUGGAAUGACUGGGGAUGAGUAGGGAUUACUAGGGAUGACUAGGGAUGACUAGGGAUGACUGGGAUGACUAGGGAUGACUAGGGAUGACUGGUAUGACUGGGGAUGACUAGGGAUUACUAGGGAUGAGUGGGAUGACUAGGGAUGACUAGGGAUGACUAGGCAUGACCGGGAUAACUAGGGAUGACAAGGGAUGACUAGGGAUGACUCGGAAUGACUCUGGAUGACUCGGGAUGACUAGAGAUGACUAGGGAUGACUGGGAUGACUAGGAUUGACUAGGGAUCACUAGGCAUGACUGGGAUGACUAAGGAUCAUAAGGGAUGACAGCGGAUUACUAGGGCUGACUAGGGAUGAAUGUCAUCCCAGCCAUAGGGAUGACUAGGGAUGACUAGGGAUGACUGAGAUAACUAGAGAUGACUAGGAAUUAAUGUCAUCCCAGUCAUAGGGAUGACUAGGGAUGACUGGGAUGACUAGGGAUGACUAGUGAUGACUAGGGAUUACUGUGAUGACUAGGGAUUACUAAUGAUGACUGGGGAUGAAUGGGAUGACUAGGGAUGACUAGGGAUGACUGCGAUGACUAGAGAUGAUUAGGGAUGACUGGGAUGACUAGGGAUGACUAGGGAUGACUAGGGAUGACUAAGGAUGACUUGGAUGAGUAGGGAUGACUGGUGAUGACUAGGGAUUAGUGUGAUGACUAGGAAUUACUAAUGAUGACUGGGGAUGAAUCGGAUGACUAGGGAUGACUAGGGAUGACUAGGGAUGACUAGGAAUGACUGGGAUGACUAGGGAUGACUAGGGAUCAUAAGGGAUGACUAGGGAUGACUAGUGAUGACUGGGAUGACUAGGGAUGAGUAGGGAUGAAUGGGAUGACUAGGGAUGACUAGGGAUGACUAGGGAUGAGUGGGAUGAGUGGGAUGACUAGGGAUGACUAGGGAUGACUGGGAUGACUAGAGAUGAUUAGGAAUGACUGGGAUGACUAGGGAUGACCGGGAUGACUAGGGAUGACUAGGGAUCACUGGUAUGACUAGCGAUGACUAGGGAUGACUAGGGAUGACUUGGAUGACUAGGGAGUACUGGGAUGACUAGGGGUGACUAGGGAUGACUAGGGAUGACUAGGGAUGACUGGGAUGACUAGGGAUGAAAAGGGAUGACUGGGAUGACUAGGGAUGACUAGGGAUGAAUGGGAUGACUAGGGAUGACUAGGGAUUACUGGGAUGACUCGGGAAGACUGGGAUGAGUGGGGAUGAAUAGGGAUGACUAGGGAUGACUAGGGAUGACUAGGGAUGACUGGGAUGACUAGGGAUGACUAGGGAUGACUGGGAUGAGUGGGAUGACUAGGGAUGACUGGGAUGACUAGGGAUGACUAGGGAUGUGUAGGGAUGACUAGGGAUGACUGGGAUGACUAGGGAUGACUAGGGAUGACUAUGAAUGACUGGGAUGAAAGGGAUGACUAGGGAUGACUGGGAUGACUAGGGAUGACUAGGGAUGACUAGGGAUGACUAGGGAUGACUGGGAUGACUAGGGAUGACUAGGGAUGACUAGGGAUGACUGGGAUGAGUGGGAUGACUAGGGAUGACUGGGAUGACUAGGGAUGACUAGGGAUGUGUAGGGAUGACUAGGGAUGACUGGGAUGACUAGGGAUGACUAGGGAUGACUAGGAAUGACUGGGAUGAAAGGGAUGACUAGGGAUGACUGGGAUGACUAGGGAUGACUACGGAUGACUAGGGAUGACUAGGGAUGACUGGGAUGACUAGGGAUGACUAGAGAUGACUAGGGAUGACUGGGAUGACUAGGGAUGACUAGGGAUGGCUGGGAUGACUUUGGAUGACUAGGGAUGAUUAGGGAUGUCUAGGGAUGAGUGGGAUGACUAGGGAUGAGUGGGAUGACUAGGGAUGACUGGGGAUCACUGGGAUGACUAGGGAUGACUAGGGAUGAGUUAGAUGACUAGGGAUUACUAGGGAUGACUAGGGAUGACUAGGGAUGACAGGGAUGACUAAGGAUGACUAGGGAUGACUAGGGAUGACUGGGAUGACUAGGGAUGACUAGCGAUGAGUAUGGAUGACCGGGAUGACUAGGGAUGACUAGGAAUGACUAGGGAUGAGUAGGAAUGACCCGGAUGACUAGGGAUGACUGGGAUGACUAGGAAUGGCUAGGAAUGACUCGGGAUGACUCGGGAUGACUCUGGACAACUCGGGAUGACUACAGAAGACUGGGAUUACUAGGGAUGACUAGGGAUCACUGGGAUGACUAGGGAUGAGUAGGGAUGACUAGGGAUGACUUUGAUGACUAGGGAUGAAUGGGAUGACUAGGUAUGACUGGGAUGACUAUUGAUGACUGGGGAUGCCUAUGGAUGACUAGGGAUGACUAGGGAUGACUGGGGAUGACUGGGAUGACUAUGGAUGACUAGGGAUGACUGGGAUGACUAGGGAUGACUAGGGAUGACUAUUGAUUACUAGGGAUGACUAGGGAUGACUUGGGAUGACUGGGGAUUACUUGGAUGAGUAAGUUGACUAGGGAUGACUAUGUAUGACUCGGGAUUACUGGGAUGACUAAAGAUUUCUUUUCUUUCUGGAGAUGACUGGUAUGAUGUGGGAUGACUUGGGAUGACUAGAAAUGACUAGGGAUGACUUUUAUGAGUUAUGAUUAGUGGGAUGACUUGGGAAUUACUUGGGUUUACUAGGGAUGACUAGGAUGACUAGGGAUUACUGGGAUGACUAAAGAUUUUUUCUCUUUUUGGUGAUGACUGGUAUGACGUGGGAUGACUUGGGAUGACUAGAAAUGACUAGGGAUGACUUUUAUGACUUAUGAUUAGUGGGAUGACUUGGGAAUGACUUGGGCUGACUAGGGAUGAGUAGGAUGACUAUUGAUGACUAGGGAUGAUGAGGGAUUAUUAGAGAUGACUGGGAUGACUAGGGAUGAUUAGGGAUUGCUGGAAUGACUAGGGAUGACUGGGGAUCAUUUGGAUGACUAGGAAUGGCUGGGAUGAAUUGUGAUGACUAGGGAUGACUAGAGAUGACUGGGAUGACUAGGGAUGAAUAGGGAUGACUGGGAUGACUAGGGAUGAAUAUGGAUGUCUAGGGAUGACUGUCAUGACUAAGGACGUCUGGGGAUUACUAGGGAUUUCUAGGGAUGACUUGGGUGACUAGGGAUGACAAGGGAUGACUGGGAUGACUAGGGAUGAGUGGGGAGGACUGGAAUUACUAGGGAUGAUUGGGAUUACUGUGGAUGGGUAGGGAUGACUAGAAUUGACUAGCUGACUUGAGUGAGGUGGGUGGGUUGGGUGACUUAUGUGAUUAGGCUGAUCAGGGUGACUUGGUUGACUUGGGUGACUAGGGUGACUAGGGUGUCUUGGGUGACUAGGGUGUCUAAGGUGAUUUUUGUGACUAGGUUGACUAGUGACCCAAGCUUCAUAGUCACCGUAGACACCCAAGUCUCCCUAGUCACCCUUGUUAACCUAGUCACUUUUGUCACCCUAGUCCUCUUAGUCAUCCCAGUCACUGAAGUCACCCUAGUCACCCCAGUUACUUAUUAUAAGUCACCCAAGUCACCCUAGUCACCCUUGUCACGCUAGUCACCCUUGUUACCCAAGUCGCCCAGUUCACCCUAGUCACCCAAGUCACUCUAGUCACCCUAGUCGCCCAUGUUACGCAAGUCACCCUAGUCACCCUAGUAACCUUAGGCACCCUAGUCAGCCAAGUCAUCAAAUCCACCCUACACACUUAAGUCACCCUAGUCACCCUAGUCACCCUUGUCACCCUUGUCACCAAAGUCACCUUAUUCAUCCUAUUCACCCUAGUCACCCUAGUCACCCAAGUCAUCCUAGUCACCCAAGUCACCCAAGUCACCCUCGUCACCCUAGUCACCGUAGUCGCCCUAUUCACCCAAGUCACCCUAGGCACUUAAGUUGUUUAAGUUAUCGUAGACACCCAAGUCACUCUAGUCACCCUAGUCACCCUUGUCACUGAAGUCGCUUUAAUCACCGAAGUCACCCUAGUCACAUCAUAGUCAGCAAAGGCACUGUCGUCACUCAAGGUACCCUAGUGUCCGUAGUCACUUAAGUUACCUUAAGCCACCCUAGUUAACCUAGUCACCUUAGUUGCCCUAAUCACUGAAGUUACCCAAGUUUUCUUAAUCACCCUAGUCACCCUAGUCACCCAAGUUACUGUGGUCACCCAAGUCACCCAAGUUGCUCUAGUCCCCCUAGUCACUCAAGUUACACUGAUCACUCUUGUUACUCAAGCCACCUUUGUUAUCGUAUUUAUUCUUGUCACCAUGUGAAAAUGAGUCGAAUUUGUAUGACUGAAAAUUGAAAUGUUCAUUGUUUUAUCAGGGGUAAUGACACAAUAGUAUACAGGGUAGGAAAUUAGGAAUCUGUCUUUUAACUUUGAUAGGUUAGGAUACUUUUAGUAUGCACCUUAAAGGUAUCAACAGAGGGGAGGAGCUUGGUGGACCUUGUUGUUAAUUUUUUUUGUUGUGUUUCAAGGCCACCUUAAGAAUGAAGACUACACUCGAAGAUGGAAAAGUAGACCCAGUUGCAUAUCGUAUUAAGUUUACUCCUCAUCAUAGGUCAGGCGAUGAAUGGUAAGUACUAUGUACUCCUUGGCUAUGCACAUUAAUUGUAGCUAGGUCCAUCACAUUGUCAUUGGUUACAGCUGGUAUGGUGUGUGCUUUAUGUGUUGUAGGAAAAAUCCGUUUUGGGGUUAAUUCAAAAUUUUGUCCCGUUAAUAAUUAGGGUAGGAAAGAAAAAAAAAUUCUGAAGCAAACUAGGUGGAACACUGGCUUAACUGGUCAAUGAAUUUUACCUACAGCCUAAUUAUUUAGCGAUUUUAAGGCACAAUGAAAAACAUGAGCAGCACAAAUUUCCAUUUUCUUAUGUGCUUGUGGUAUUUGUUGGCCCAUUUGGUGCAGACUAGCAGUUCAAGCAGAACAGCUAGCCUGAACCUUUCAAUCUACAAGAUCUGUGCUGCCAGAGCACAAAGUAAGAAAUUGCUAACAGAUAUAAUUAGGAAAACAUGAAAGGGAAGAAAAACUUUAAAUGUGGUAUCUCAACUGUCAAAAUCUGAAGAUUACAUGGGCUUCAAAGCAAAUAAAUACUUCAUAACAAUUAUUAAUCUCUGUAAGAAAGGAGCCUAUGUAACAUGAUGCACCUGAAUUAAAUUCAAGAGUUGAAGGAGAUACUGUAGUUAACCUAAGUAAUCCAAGUCUUCAAUUGUUUCACCAGGUGUAUUUAUCCGACUUAUGACUUUACUCACUGUCUGUGUGACUCGAUUGAAGAUAUCUCACACUCACUGUGUACAAAAGAAUUCCAGUCAAGGUGAGUAUCUUGUGAAUUCCUGAUGUGCCUUACACAUGUAGUCAUCAGACAUGAUGACAUACAGUGUAUUGCACAGUAAAUAUUGUUUCAUUGCAACAUACCUCAGUUAACUAUGGUUUUUGAGCAGCAAAAAAUUGCAAUAACCACUUGAUAUUGUUUAGUUGUAGCCUGUGGGGACAGCUAAAAGAGACAUAAACAGGAAAAUGAAAACAGCAAUCUCCUUUCUCCCUGUCUAAUUCUUCAUAAUUUUUUAUACACUUUAUUCUUUAUUUUACGUUCCUCUUCAUUUUUCACAGCCUGCGCAGCAGGCACUUGGAAGUAAUGGGCGUAAGAAGAAACAAGAGUGUUCUGAAUUCCCAAAACAGGUUAUGUGUUUGGGGUGAGGGAGACAGUUUACUCUCUGUUUCUCUGUCAAGCCAUCAAAAAAAAUGCAAACCAUUGUAUACAGAGAGUCCCAAAUCUGGGAAAUAAAAGAAGAUAUAUACACAAAAAGCCUCACCAAGAAUCAGGUCUGUGUGUAAUAUUUCAUAUGCAAGAUAUUGGGAAAAACGUAUUACGCAAAUUUAUAAAGCUUUGUAUGGAGGCGCCAUGUUGGUUUCCCUUUGAGGGGCACAAAUAUGGCUACUGGAAAUCAACAGAAACAUUUGUUUUUGAGUUUUGCUACAAAUGCAUGAAUUUAUCGCUUUAGGAAGUCAGAAAGAUUAAAGUAAUAUUUAUUUUGAGACAGGGAAUGUUUAGAUAGCAAAAUCUCAGAAUAUCUGUAAUGUUUUUAACCUGCAAAAGUUCUUUCAAGGCUGCUAGCUAAAUGCCAUGUCAUAAAAAAGCCUGGAAAUUUAAGUGUUCUCUAUUGUAAAACAAAGAACCCUUUCAAGCCAAAAAGAAGUAUAAAUAAGAGUGUGGAUGCUGUAAUACCUUGUGAGAGUAGAAAAUCAGAACAAUCGAUAGUUCCUUAGUUUGAAUUUUGGUGACGCCGUGUGAAAACUGAUAAUAUGUUUGGGGUCGCAGGGCGGGGAAGAGGUCAUAUGGUUGGGAUGGGGUGGAAAGGUGGUGUUUUACAAGCUGAGUAUGUUAUAUAAUUAGCUUUUGACUUCAAGUUUACAGUACCACAGAUGCACUGCAGCCCAAAAGUGUGACUACUACAUCUUAUCCAAUCAGAAAGCAACAACAAUUUAUCUUAGCCUCUGAUUGGAUAAUUGUAGCUUAAAACAGAUGUUUAACAUUGACCACUAAUUAUUCUAAUUUAUUAUAACUCCAUGACGUGCAUGACACAUUUGUUUCUCUUUGACAGACGUUCGUCAUACUACUGGUUGUGCAAUGCCCUUGAUAUUUACUGCCCUGUUCAGUGGGAGUAUGGCAGACUGAACUUGAGUUACACUGUUGUGUCAAAGAGGAAGAUUGGCAAAUUAAUAUCUGAAGGAAUUGUCAGGUGAGAAGUGGCAUAUUUCAGCUGUUGUUGUGUAACAUGCACUCAGGUUACAUUAGCCUGAAUUGUCAACUGUCCUCUUGCCUCAACCAUUCUAAAUAAGUCCUUCAAGUGAUCAGCAUCAACUCUCCUAACAAAACCAAUACAGUAUAAAAAGAAAAAGUCAUGAGCAAAAUUAAGAAAGUGAUCACUAAAGAGAAAACACUUUGAUCUUGAAUCAAAUUCUCAUAACUAAUUCUGUAGGAAAAUAUAUGGAGAUCAGUGUGGAGAAUUUGUGUGUGGAUAUUGGGGGCUUAAAGGGGUACUUAAAUUGUCAAAGUGGGGUUAGGAUGAGAAAAAAGGCUGAAAACUAUUCUGAAGGGGUAUUCAACUACUGAUCUAAAUCUGAAGUUUGGUUCACAAGCUCAUCUGAAGUACAGUCAAAACCCCAUUUUAUGGACACACACUUAAUAUGGACACAUCAUCUUUACAGACAGUAAGCUUGCUUUGUUCAAGGGGAAAGAAAACUCACAUUUUCUCUAAAUUCAACCUGCUUGUUAGAGACACACCUUUAACACAGACACUAGCACUUCUAUGGCCCCCUCAGUGUCUGUAUUAAUGGGGUUUGACUGUAAUAAUUAAUAAUAAUAGUAAUUAAUAAUUUCCAUUUCAAUUAUUGAAAUGGGAAUCUAUUGUUUUAUCAGAAGUCACUGCUUUCUGUCACUUGUGCAGAUCAUCCACCACAUGAAUAAUCUGAUGAAGUAAAUAUUCUUUUCUGGGUCAUUUUCAGAGACUGGGAUGACCCAAGAUUGUUCACUCUAACAGCAUUGAGAAGAAGAGGAUUUCCUCCAGAGGCUAUCAAUAAAUUCUGUGGAAAGGUAUUAUCUGUUUUAUCACCAUGUUUUCAAGGUAUGAAAAUUGACAAGGAUGUAGGGGUUUUUGUGAAUAAAUUUCUUGGGAUUGGAAGGUGGUUAGAAUAUUUGCAGGUUUCGAUUAUUGAUUUCUGAAACCUCCUCUUCCUUUGGCGGAGUCCAAGGUGACUUAAGACAAGUUGUUUAAAAAAAUAGACCCACAGGUUUUUUCAACUUUUGACUGGGACCAGUUUGCAAAAAUCCAUGGCUAAAAAGAAUGCCUUUAUUAGUUAAGAUGCCAAGUUUGAAUGUCAUUUGUUGAACACUGACCAAGAUGUGGCUCCUGGAAAGCCAGUUAAAAAGGGAAUACUAGUGCCACUGUUGAUCAUAUCUGGAGACUACAGUGUAUUGAUUUUAGAAAAUAAUUUGGCCGGGUUUGUUGGUCUCCACAACUUCAGAUCAGCUCCUCCUGAACUUUGAAAAUUUAUUGGAGACUCUCCUAACAGACACUCUCAUAAGCAGUAGCUCUACUUACAGCCGCCUUCUCUAAACCCGGUUUUUCUGUAUUUUUACUCUCUUGCAAGCGGCCAGCUCCAGCUAUGGACACCUUUUUUGCAUCCCAAUGAUGUUGGCUUACAAGGGCUUCUUUUGUAAUUUUGACUAAGGGGCUGUUUACAUGGAGGGAGGAAGAUCGUAGUACCAGGAAGAUCCUAGAGGGCAGAUCAUCCUAGCACCAUAUGUUUUCUGUAUUCAGUUUACAUGCAAAGGGUUGUACUUGUCCCUAGCACUAGGAUCUUCCUAGCUGAGAGGUAGGAAGAUCCUAGCACCAGGAAGAUCAUAGCACCAUGUGAACUGCUUUUGCAAGGAAGAUCCUAGUACUAGGGACAAACGCGACAAAAAUGUUGGCGGGUCAUUCUGUGGCUAAUUACGGCAAUAAGGCCGACCAUUUCGUUUAGAGUAAUCCACGAGCAGAUUAUGUUUUAAUUCAGCUGAAAGGUAGUGAUUUACGCCGGUAAAGAGAACAGAAGGACCCAAAUUGCAUUUUUGAGUUUGUUGAGCGCCAUUUUUAAUUCCUUCUCUAACCUUCUCUACUUGGACAACUCAUGGGCCAAAAUUUCUGCAUGUAAACCCAACGUAAAGUUAUUCCACCUUCUAGGAUCUUCCUGGCACUAGGAUCUUCCUCCCUCCAUGUAAACAGCCCCUAAAUAAUUCUAAUGGGUCAGAGAAACUAGGAUUCCAUUGUAGGUAACCGUUAUCAUUAUAGCAACUGCUGAACAGAUGCUGUCGCCUUACAAUAUUGCAGGUUGGUGUGACAAUGGCCCAGACAGUAACAGAUCCUCUGCUUCUAGAGUCUUGCGUAAGAGAUGAACUUAAUGUUACAGCUCCAAGGUAAUUUUGAAACUCACAACUGGAUGCUGUCAUUUUGUGAUUAUUUAGUGUAGUUGUCUGGUUCAGCCAUUGUUGCGUGAAAAGUAGUGGCAAUAUCAAUGACAUUUCUGUGCAAUUCUGUUGCAAUAUUUAUUGCAGUUUUCCCAAAAACUCACCACCAUUAGUCAUGUCAAGUGUUUGACAUCAUCAAAUCCUGGGAUUACAAAAUGCAAUAUUUAGUACAGUUUUUUUUAUGACGUUGUUUGUUGCUUUGAAUUUGUGACACAAACGAGGAAAGCAAUUAAUGAUGCUUCUGUUUAAGCUAACUUUCCUUUUGAUACUAAAGUUAAAUGGAACUUUAUUAUAUUUUGUGAUUUAAUUUUGCAUUGAACUCCUCAGGGUGAUGGCUGUGCUAGACCCCAUUAAAGUUACAAUACAAAACUUUGACAAGGUACAUUGCAUUUGUAUGUAAUCUGAACAAUGUUCUAAUGCAGAGUAUAGAAAUUAAAAUAAUUAAUAUCCUGAGGGCAUGUUUAUUAGGUCAUGGAAACUCACAAUGCAGGGGUCGAAAUGUUCCCAGACUCUUUACCUGUGUCUGGUGACAGGUAGAAUAUUUUUUUACCUGUCUCCACCAACAUCCAAGCUGAACAAUAAUUUAAACAUUUAUUUUCCUUUUUUUAGCGAUAACAAAAUUGAACUGUGGUUUUACAAUUGACAAUAUUAGUAAUAAAAUGAUAGAAGCAAUGACAUGUCAGUUUAUUUUGUCUCAGCCUGUUUAGGCCUUUGGUGCCCAUAGGCAUCCACUAGUCUCCUGUACAUUAUUACGUUUCGUUGUCGGUGCUGCCAAAUUCUCUUCUACAUGAACUUCUUCCACUUCCGCUUCGUUAGCAAUUUUCCGCUUUAGCAGAAAGCGAUCCAUAUCAUUAUCCGAUUAUAGUGUUUCGAUCGACGAAGAAGCAAAGCAAGUCAUAUGGCAUUUGUUAUCUCGUCAUGCGCACUACAACGAUUGCAUCAUCUCGUUUUUAUUGAGUAGAGUCUGGUAACUACCGCAUAUACCGUGCGAGUCCCGUGCGAGAACUCCGAUGAACUGAACGAGUGAGCACGCAUGCUGGUGGAAAAUGGAUGGAAAUAUUAUUCAAAUUGAUAAAUUAUGAAUUAUUGAGGUUUUUCUUGCCUGUCGCCAGCGACAGGCAUCAAUAUUUUUUACCUGUCACUUCCUAAAAUUACCUGAAAUCGACAGGUAGACAGGUAUUAUUUCGAUCAUUGAAUGAUCGUAAUGGAAUUUAAUUUUUUUCCUUUGUAUGUGAGUCAUGCAAAAUGAUGUUUACUGCCAGUAUGCUCUCAGUGUUAAAUAUCACAAAGAUUUGCUCUCAUUUUGGUUAGUUUAGUCAGUUGCUGGGUCAGAAAUUUACAUGAUCCAAGUUUCAUAGUCCUUCUCCUUGUAACCAAAACUUGAUUUUACUUUAGAGAGUUGAUUGUUUAAGGUACAACUGUAAUGCAGAUUAUAUUUUGUUCCUCAGCAAGUGACACUUAGUGUAGCCGACUUCCCUCAAGACCCAAGUAAAGGAAAUCACGAGAUUCCUUUUGGGAAGACAAUCUUUAUCGAACAAUCCGACUUCAAAGAGGUACAUUAGCAAAACAUUUUUGGCUUUUAUUUCUUCUCUGAUACCUGAUUUUUCCGAUCUAUCCAGAUGGUUGUUUUAUCUUUUGAUUACCAAGUUUGAUUUUUUAUGAAUUUCUUCGGGAAGCAAAGUGAUCUGCCAUUUUUCAUGCAAAAACAAUCGCAAGAAGGAGUAAAACAUGGUUUUGUUUAUGCAUGAGCAGAAUAUCAUUUGCAGCCAAACACAGUUGGAAGACAUUGCCAAUGAGCGGACCAUUAUUUGUAGGCAGUUAUUUGCAGGUCACGUGGUGAGCUUUCAGCUAAUGAAAAGGAAAAAAAAUUGCAUCAAAUGAUAAUUCUGUCUUUCCUAACAGUGGGGAAUGUCAAACAGUAUGAAAUUUCGUCUUUUAAAGGCCAAAAGUUUUUAUUUGAAUGGUAUAUAGGAUUUUUUUUUGGAAAGUGGAACUGGGGUUGAUGUGAUACUGGAAACAUUGGAUGUUUCCGCUUAAUAUAAUUUAUUUGUGUGUAAAAUAAGAUUUAUUGAGUUUUCUUGACUUGCCCUCAAAAUUCUCUUUUAGGUUUCAGAGAAAGGUUUUCGCCGCCUUACUCCUGAUCAAUCUGUAGGACUGAAGUACGCUGGAAUGGUGAUUAAACUAGAUAAAAUUGUUAAGGUAGGUUAUUUUUUAACUUUACCAUUAAGUAAAAAUCCUUAAUCCUUUUUUCUCCCAAAAUGACAAAAUUUUUAGUUUUUGGAAUUCUGAGAAACAAAUAAAGUCUACUCAUGAUAACUUAAAUCGUCUAGGGAAAUCGAAAAAGUUUGAGUUAUUGGGAGUUCAGGGGAAAUAACUGGAAAAAAUGAAGUAAUCAAGUGGAUGGGGAGGGAAUGCAAUUAAGCAACAAAGCUUAAUUAAUAUACAAAGAUGGACACACUGAAUUUGAACUCUGGAGUGACAUAAAAGUAAAGACAAACAAUUGACACGGUUGUUUUGAAAUAUAAAUUCAAUGUUUUGGACUUAAGUACACUGUUUUUGUUUUCGAAUUGUCAGGUGCUUAAUUAAAUGUUAUUUGAGUUAUUGAGGGUAAAGUUAUAUAGAAAUGAUCUGAAGGGAAACAAAAAAUACUUCUAGUUAGCGGCAGGUACAAGUUAUUGAGGGUGCGAGUUACAGUGCUGCGGGUAAAAUAAAAUUUAAUGUAUUAGGGAAAUCCAUGGGAAAUCGACUUUGGUUCGAGUAAGUGUGAGGUUUGAGUUAGCAAUGGUUUGAGUUAAAACAUGAGGACUCAACUGUAGCACCAUGUGAAAGUACUGGCAAAGAGGUUUCAUUUCAAUGGGCACCCCGCAGCAUUUUAUCCACAGACUCUAAAGUUAGAACUACCUUUCAAGACUCCAUUACUCACUAUGGGAAAGGAUUUUGUUAAUUACUUACUAGAAUACUUUCCAUCCAUUCCUAUGAUGUCUUCAUUUUUUAUUAAGAUUUCUAAAGGAAAAAUUAAAAUUAAGUUUAUUAUGAUCACUUCCAUGACUUUUAUUUGUUUAACCCUUUGAACAAAUUUAAGUGCGGACGGUUCAUGUAGUCUAUUAUUUUAAUAAUUUAUUGGGCUGUUGCAUAGCAUCAUGUUCUGACACAAAAAAAUACAUUGUAAUGACAACACAUAUUUGUUUGUUGUGUUUUGAUUUCAGGACUCUAGUGGUAAAGUGACAGAAUUGCUUGUGAAUUGCGAAUCAACAGAAACUGCACAGAAACCCAAAGCUUUUAUUCACUGGGUGUCCUCCCCACUAACAUGUGAAGUCAGGCUUUAUGAGCGGCUGUAAGUACUUGGACUAACUUGCACUCAUCAGUAAUCUCCCUUGAUUUGUCUUAACUUUUACUUUGUCAAAAGUAUCACAUUCUCUGAAUAAUAAAGGCAGGUUUACUUUUGUCAUGCGAGGAUAAAACUAGCUGGCUUUUGCUCUUUCAUUACAAUUUAUUUUCAUUCAUUAAAAACUACUGCCUCUUCUAAUCAAGUGCUUACCAUCUGGUGCUUGUGUGACUACCCUUAGAACCUCUCUGUGCUAAACUGAUAUUACUUGUUCAUGACCAUACAUAAAUAUUGUAAUCAUUACAGUUUCAGACACAAAAAUCCUGAAGAUCCUUCUGAAGUGCCUGGUGGGUUUAUAACAGAUUGCAACAAGGUGAGAUGAGAUAUUCAAACUAAAAAAAAUUUCUUAAAAAAAAAAGGUUAUAUGAACCUCAGUGUGAUUUGAAAAUCCUUUGUUUUAUUUCCCCUAAAGUCACCUUUUCAUUUUGAUUCUCUUGUUAGGAUUCCCUGACAGUAAUCCCUAAUGCAUUAGUGGAGAAGUCAGUCAAAGAUGCUAAUGUCUACGACAAAUUUCAGUUUGAAAGAAUUGGUUUCUUCAGUGUUGAUCCAGAUGCUAGUAAAAAGAAGGUUAGUUUCUAUUUGAAUGAGGCCAAAAAUGUACAGUUUCUGUGGUUAGAAAUAGCCACAAUACCCUCCCCCCCCCUAGUAAUGAAGAUGCUCAAAUCCACUCAAUCAGAACACUGUUACUUGUGCUGAGUGCUGUUUCUUCAUUGAACCCCUUGAAUGCGACAAUGGUUUUUGUCUCAUCACGCAAUGUUCCUUUCUUUGGGGAGGAGCAUUGCGUGACAAGAUAAAAACAGCUGUGUGGGAGACUACUUGAAUGUUCGAACCUGUGACUCCGGAUAUCAGAUAUGGGCGGUGCCACUUUAGUGACUCCUUUCAAACUGUUCACAGAAUAAAGUUUUAUCAUUUUUUUUCUCAGCUGGUGUUUAAUCGCACAAUUUCGCUAAAGGAAGAUCGUGGAAAACUGUAAGCAGUGAGCUUUCUGUUACCUUUCGAAAGGAAUGGAUCUCUUGGAAGUGCAUUAGUGAAUGGACAUAAAAUGGAAGAGUCUCACAUCCAAGGAAAGAAGAUACAAAGAAGCGAGGAUUAUUAUAAUAUUAGUUGAGACUGGUGUCUACCAUGCAAACACCGGUUGUAAUAUUAUGCAAAUGCAGAUGAGUCAGAUUGGCAGUGUACACAUUCUGUCCCCAAGAGAAACUCAUGUGUGCACUUCCUUGAUUUGUAAAGUGGAUAAUGUUUGACCUUCUUAGUGUUUGUAGAUGCCAUUGAAUUAAUGUGUAUUUUAAAUCAGAGCAAAGAGAAAAGAAAGGACCAAGAAAGGAUUAAAAAAAAAAAUAACUGACAUAAAAUGAUGAUGGCAACAGAAUUUUUUAAUACUUUGACAAUAAUGCACCCUUGCCUUGCCCCCCAAAUUUUCCAUACCCAUUGUUUCCAAUUUCUCCUCGGUAUUACAGUUGCCCUAAGAGAAAUUAAAAACAAUGGUUAUGAAAAAUUUUGGGGGGUAAGCAAGUUAAAUUCUGUUCUAUAUGGAAAUGCUGAACAGUUAUUUUUAGUGUAGUUGAAGUCCAAUUAGCCUCUGUUCAGCUGCCCCUCCCCUCAGAAAAAUGGGAUUGGCUUAAGUCCAAUAAACUAAGUUAUUUAGAUACUUGUAGAACUGUAAUCCUUGCUUAGUCGACUCUCUAUAAGAUGAACAUCUCUCUAAGAUGGCAACAUAGUGCCAGUCCUAAAGGUGUCUAUAUUGGAGGGAGUUCAGGGCUGUCAUUAGGAGGCAGGGGCUGGGGUUUCCCCUGACUACUUUCAUAGGAAAAUAAAAGAAAAAUAGAACCAAAAGAAACCCCUAGCUGUUUUCAUUCUCCGCCCACUGGUUGUAUUUACCCUGCAACUUGAAAUCUUAGUGACAACCCUGGAGUUGAUUUCAUUGUAUUGUUUUGUCAGCCAACAUGGUCGCCUU